UGCGUCCCGUCCCCAGAACACGCCUGCCAGAGCUUCUGAACAACAGUGACACAAGUAAGACUGAAGUGUAUGUCUUGAUCUGUGAGAUGUGCACUAACCUGUUUUUUUACGCAUUACUCCUGAAUAUAAUGUUUUCUGUGGGGUGAUCAUUUAUUUCACAUAUAUUUCUUGUUAUAUAUUGAUAUAUCAGUUUUCGAACACUAGCUAAAGAACCAAUCACACCUGCUCUAGGAUUGUCCUGGUCAUAGCUAAAGCCAGGACAAUACUAGAUAACACACUGGCCCUUCAAAGGGGGCUAUCUAAAAGGGCUUGGCAUGCAUGGAGCAUGCCAUGCAUGGGGCGUGUCAUGCAUGGGGCGUGUCAUGCAUGGGGCGUGUCAUGCAUGGGGCGUGUCAUGCAUGUCAGCAGUAGCGUGAUGGGACGGCCUCAUCGUGAGUCAGGCCUCGGCGCCAGCGACAAGAUAAUCAAUGGUCCCCUUAGUUGCCACACACCAUGAUUUACGACCCCCCAUUGACAGAUGUUAUAGUUUGAGAAAAACACGGGCAGGGGGGGACGUACAGAAAAAGGCAAUCAUUAACUUAUUAAGUUGAAGAUCUCGCGCAGGGCAUGCGGGUCCCCGUCAGUGCGUAAUCUUGGGGAGCGAAUUCGAAAGUGAUUAUGAUAGUAGGGAGGUGGAAGAGUACUGGAGGAAGAGCUGAGGUCUAGUGUUGUGGUGGAGAUCACUGAGACUAGUGGCGUAGUGUUGUGGUGGAGAGCACGGAGGUUGGUGGACUAGUAGUAUUGGUACGGUCACCACCGCCAGACAACAGCAGUUCCAGGGUUCAGGAACCGCUGGAUGUACCCGUGGGUGAUGUUCGCGGCUAACAACAAAUUUCAACACAGGUCAAGAGUGACGAGGGAGGGGGUUGGACACCGUGCCUGCUGAAUUAUGACACAGCGGUGGUCAACGGGCGUGGACCUGGCGGUGAGGUGCGGAGUUUGCUCCGAGGUGUACGAAACGAAGGUGCGGGAACCCCUGGUGCUUCCCUGCGGUCACACCUUCUGCCGUGUGUGUCUGUCCAGUGUGGAGGCUGCCAGAUCUCUCUGCUGCCCCUCCUGCAGGAGCACCCACCCCACCCUCCUCACACAACACCUCCCCGUCAACUACGCGGUCCUCGACCUCUCACAACAGACCACUGACCUCCAGGUUGAGCAGCACGGCGUGUGCAGCAUCCACGGGGAACAGCUGUGCUACUGGUGUCGCCAGUGCGCUGUGCUGGUGUGCGGCAGCUGUCUUCUGCACCAGCACCUGCAGCAGGGACACCGCGUCCUUCACGCGGUCGAUUUCAUCCUGGAGAGGAAGCAAGCCAUCCAGACCCGCGUGCAGCACCUGCAGGCAGCACUGAAGGUGAGCAGCAGCAGGACAGUGGCCUGCCUGCACCGCUGCGUUGUCAACCUCGUCUGGCUGUGCCAGGAGAGCAAGAACCUCUUCGAUCUUGACGCAGAACUCUUCGAAGUCUCCUCAGAGGCCAAGAACCUGACAGACGUCGAUGCUGUCCUGUUAUCGGAAACCAGACUGCGUAGUCUCUGUCCUGGGUGGAUCUCCCAGUGUCGUCCCCUAGGAGAUGAGCUGGGUGACGCAGGGGAUGACGCAGAGGGUGCUGACGAAGGUGCUGAAGCUGUAGAUAAUAGUGGUGAGGCCGGUAAGGGCGAUACACAGCCUGUAUUUAAAGGCAGUCAGGAUGAUGCGAGUGAAACGAUAGGUGGAGGCACUGCAAGUGCAGGCAGUGUGAGUGGUGGUACUGUAAGUAAAAGCAAUGUGAGUGAUGGGGGAGGUGUAGGUAGUGACGAUGUAAGGAGACGUACUGUAGAUGGUGGCACUGUAAGUGAAGGUAGUGUAGGUGACACUGUCAGUGGAAGUGGCAGCGGCGUAAGUGCGGGUAAUGUAGAAGGUGGCACUUUAAGUGGAGGUGGUUGUGACAAUGUAUGUGAGGCUGGCACUGUAAGUGGAGGGGGUGGUACUGCACGUGAAGGCAGUGUAAAUGGUGAUAUUGUUAGUGGAGAUGAUGUAGGUGGUGGUACUAUGCGUGGCGACGGUGCAGGUGGUGCAAGUGAUGGUACUGUAAAUAAAACUGGUAUACGUAGUGACACUGUAAGUAAGGUUGGUAGUGAUACUGAAAGUAAGACUGUUAGUGGCACUAUGAGUAAGGCUGAUAGUGGCACUAUGAGUAAGGUUGGUCGUGGCACUGCAAGUAAGGCUGGUAGUGGCACUGCAAGAAAGGCUGGUAGUGGCACUGCAAGUAAGGCUGGUAGUGGCACUGCAAGUAAGGCUGGUAGUGAUACUGAAAGUAAGGCUGAUAGUGGCACUGCAAGUAAGGCUGAUAGUUGCACUGUAAGUAAGGUUGGUAGUGGCACUGCAAGUAAGGCUGGUAGUGGCACUCCAAGUAAGGUUGGUAGUGGCACUACAAGUAAAGCUGGUAGUGGCAGUGCAAGUAAAGCUGGUAGUGGCACUGCAAGUAAGGCUGCUAGUGGCACUGCAAGUAAGGCUGAUAGUGGCACUGCAAGUAAGGCUGUUAGUGGCACUGCAAGUAAGACUGGCAGUGACACUGCAAGUAAGGCUGAUAGUGGCACUGCAAGUAAGGCUGGUAGUGGCACUGUAAGAGGCCACGUUCAAAGCAACACGAUAGGGAGCGACUCCGUAGCUGCAGGUGGCACUGCAAAAGAUGACAUCACUGGAAACCGUCAGACUACAAGUUCUGUUUCUACACAUACAUCAGUAAAUGCUGCUGUUGCUGCUGCUGCUGCAGGUGAAGUUGCAACUAGCAGUGCUCCAGGUGCUGUAGGAAGCAGCGCUGCGGGCCUGCUGCUGCUGUGGCCUCUGAUAUGCCGCGCAGUGAGCGCAGACGGGAGGCAAGCAGACAUAAGACGUGAAGACAAUUAUCUCUUAGUGUCUCCGCUCUCGCAUUGUCUCACUCAGUCUCACCUCAGCGUGCAGCUGUCUAUGUUGGAGAGUUUCGUGGAAGCGGCGAGUCCUCUUGUUUACCUGGAGGUAAGUGCUAGCCAGCACUACCUGGGCAGACUGGUAAUCCGCCUGUGGCCUCGUUUACGUCGAGCCCAGCACUUCAAGGCUCUCUGUCUGGCCACCCUCGGCCCCUCCUUCCUAGGCUCGAAGUUCGAGUACGUGGGCAACAGAGGAAGACCUGGAGAGUAUAUAGUCGGGGGAAGCUACCUGGUGCCUGAUCCAUUUGGAACGUCGAAGGGAGCCUGGCUAGAGACGCGGUGUACUCGCGGGUUGAUGGACGAUCUGGAAUGGGGCGGUGACUUCGUGGGAGAGGAGCGGGAAGGUCUGUUGCAGGGGGCGGGAGGAGGUCAUCCCGAGUACGACUCUCUCUUCUGCAUCUGCAGUAGAAGCGAGCCAGCGGGCAAGUCGCAGUGCCCCUUCGGUGAGGUGGUUACUGGUAUGGAGGUGGUGAGGGAGGCGGUACUGCACGACCCUGUGUCUGACCUCACAAUAACGGGGUGUGGUCUCCUUGUUCCUGAUGUCUGACCUCACCAUCGUGUUUCAUAUAACCAUAAUCCCAUAUUACCUUCUCAUAAUGUCUCACGUGACCAUAAUAUUUCUCACCUCUCCAUAAUAUGUCUCACCUCUUCAUAGUAUGUCUCACUUCACCAUAAUGUCUUACCUCGCCAUAUCAUGGUUGACUCCAUUAUAUCCUGGAGGAUACUUCCUGUGACAUAUAUUAUUCAAAAACUUUUACUUUGUUACCACUCAAAUAAAAUUACUACAAAUUUUUUUUAUCGUUAAUCAUGUUAACCUCACUUUUCUUUUCUUUGUCAGUCAGCACAAAUUGAUUUCUAAUUCACGUAGUAAAGAAAAAAAAUGACUUUGAUACAGCAAAGUGUGAUCAAUAGAAUCAACUGGAGACACAUCUGAGAGUCGUCAUCACUGUAUUAAUGGUAUACAAUACCAUUAAUACAGUUAUGACGACACAUGAGUAAGACACAUGUGCAGAUACUUGGCAUAAAAAAACGCGACGGUCUGGAGUUUUGAGACUCUCUGACCGCGGGAUCAAACCCCACCCGUGGUAUGGUUUGUUUGUAAUCGUGUCAUUACGAUUUCGUGAGUCAUACUUUGUAUGUGUGUCUUUUGAAGAUCACUCGACAACUACUGACAUUCAGAGUGGGGAAACAGAACCCGCUUUUUUCUUUUACUCUGACCACUUUUACAGUUUAAGAACUGGUAACCUCCUUCAGCUCAUUUUAAAGUCCAGUCCAAUCUAAGGUACACUACCAUCCCCCAGGAUGCGACCCACAACAGUUGACUAACACCCAGGAACCUAUUUACUGCUAAGUGAACAGGGAGAGAAGGUGUAAGGAAACAUAACCCAACGUUUAUUUAGCCUGUGGUAAUAGUGACAGAAUAUACUGACAGUAUGUAAAUAAGACACAUUGCGGGUUAUGACAUUCUACUAUGAAGACGUUUCAUCCACCAGGGACUUUAUUAAUUGAUGACGUCCCUUGUGGACGAAACGUCUUUUCAAUAAAAUGCUAUAAUAACGAAUGAUUUCUAGUUCAUCAUUUUCAUCCAUUUCAAGUAAUGAAUAUGAUAAUGAUAUACAAUACCGACAAGUUGAUAAAUAGGACACAUGUGCAACAGUUAGUUAACUUUAUUCCAAAAAGUUUCGCCUACACAGUAGGCUUCUUCAGUCGAGUAGAGAGGAGACAGCAGAAGUAGAGAUGUAAAGGCGAUGUAAUCAGUCCAUCACCCUUGAAGACGUAAUUUGGAAGUUGUAAGUUUUGCUCCAGUCUGAAAUAAUGUUCCAGACUAUGGUGCAUAACUCUUCUCCAAGCUAAGGGACUGACUACCUUAAAACUACGUGUUCAAUGGUGAUAGACGGAUUACAUCGUCUUUACAUCUCCACUGCUCUGUUGUCUAUUCUGUACGCGACUGAGGAAGUCUACUGUGUAGGCGAAACGUUUUGGAAUAAAGUUACCUGACUCACGAAAUCGUAAUGACACGAUUGCAAACAAACCAUACCACUGACCCAGUGGCUAACGCGACGGUCUGGAGUUUUGAGACUCUGAUCGCAAGUUCUAACCCCACCCGUGGUAUGGUUUAAUAAAGUUACCUAACUGUUGCACAUGUAUCUUAUUUAUCACUUCAAGUUAUGCUGAGUCAUCAUACACAGGACAACAGAAAACCAUCCUCGGGGUCUACUGAAAUGCAGCCCUUUCCUAUUUCAAAAAUAAAAUAAAAUGCUUGAAGGCAGUAACUGCGUGUAUACUUUGCACAUCACAAUAAUCCACCAACCAUAUACUUUCAACCAAGAUGUAGGUCAAAUCUUGUGAUUCAGAUUCAGAAAUAGGUAAAAUAUUCCCGUGUGGUAAACUAAUACUAGAUUAUCUCACAACUUCUGUGAACUGAUUGAUGCUCUACACAAUUCUCACUUUGUUGCCCUAUUCGACGAAUCAUUUAAGAGUUGCCAAUGACAGCAAAUUAAUAUUUAAGAGAGAUAUUGUAUACAGGUACACUUUCUUUCUCUGUUGGGUUUAUCAGGGCCAUGACAGCAUAAGCCGUAUCGAGUCCGACUUUUCGAUGGUACAAGGAAGAUUUGUUGCCCAAGGCUGAGCGAUGAGAGAAAAGGAACAAAAGUUCUUUUGUAAAUAGAGAUAGGAACUUGAAGUUUCCAAUUAGAUCCGGUGGACUUCCCUUGACAAGCCCCAGCAGAGCGGGACGUCUACACUUCCACCUGAGUUCAGUAACCGGCUUCCCAUCAAAGACCUUUAAAGAAUUUUCCGCAGAGCGGAAAAAAAAAUGGAGCUGGCUAAAGUAAGCCGACGAACAGGUGCCCCUCCUACAGAGUGCCCGGCGGGCAAAAUAGAUGAGGACAAGCGUCCCAGAGAGAGCGGUGGAAAUUUGUCACUGAUACACAGGCAAGAGAGAGACGUCCACACCCGACGAAAGCUGGCGCAAAACUCCUACAGCUACACUGUACAACACCACCUGUAAGUUAAACAGGUGGUGCUGCACUAACUGGAUGUGGUUCGGUCGCUUCGGUGCCCCCAUGCUCGAUUGGAAUGGUACAGGGUGCGACAUAAGUUGAUAAUGCACCGGAGAUCAGAAGGGAAUCAGAAGAGGCAUUCACAACUCAUGGGAAACGAUCUCCAAAUUUCUUCAGUGAAAAUGGUAAAUUAGGACAUAUUAUUAUCAAAACUAAGCGCUUAACCCACCAGGGUCAUUACAGCGCUGAAAAUAGGGCAUACACAGACCAAAUCUAAUUCAAAUCUUUCAGAGGAGCCAAGCAAAGUUGUAUGACCCUAGUAGGUUUAGCGCCUCUUUUUGAUUAUAACAGUCAGAGGAGCCAAAGAGACGAGCACAUUAAGCUUGAAGCAGCUUAUAUGUUGUCUGUAAAGUUAUCCUCAUGAAAGAGUUAAAGCUAAUGAUAUGUAACACACGGGAAUUAUCAUAGAAAAGUAGAAUUUUAGUUCUUUUAAUUUCUUCGCCAUGAAGGGAGGCACUACUCAAUGAAAUUACAAAUAUCGAACUUAAUCUGAAGGAAUCUUAUAGGAGAUAAAGAAUCACAGGAAGAACUAAAAGCCAUAAAGGAAACUGAAAAUAAAAUACUUCUUCUCUUAUGCCAAAUCAAAGGGAAAAACAACAUCCAAUAUUGAGUCCUAGCUUAGGCGGGAUGGCACAUACACAGAAGACAGCCAAGAAAUGAAUGAGAUACUAAAGUGCCAAUAUGACUCAGUGUUCAGCGAGCCGAUGCCCAGACUAAGGGUCGACAAUCCAAAUAAAUUCUUUAUGAACGAAACCCAAAAUCUGAUCAUCUCAAAAAUCUCGGAUAUUAUUCUAACUCCACAAGACUUUGAAGAGGCAAUUAAUGACAUGCCCAUGCACUCUGCCCCAGGCCCAGACUCGUGGAACUCCGUGUUCAUCAAGAAUUGCAAGAAGUCCCUAUCGCGUGCCUUCAGCAUUUUAUGGAGAGGGAGCAUGGACAUAGGGGUCAUCCCAUACACUAAAAACAACAGACAUAGCCCCACUCCACAAAGGUGGCAGUAAAGCAAUUGCAAAGAACUACAGACCGAUAGCACUAACAUCCCAUAUCAUAAAAAUCCUUGAGAGGGUUCUAAGAAGCAAAAUCGAUGUUGUUGUCAGCCAGUAAAUUUCGAUAUGUGGCAUUUUGAUAAAAUAUUUAUAGAUGAUGAUUAGAAAAGCAAAUUUCAUGUUAGGCGCCCGGCCUCAUUCUUCCGUCUACUGUCACCAUCGAUUUUGCAAGGAAAACUUCUAAAUGUAAGAGCGGCGCAAACAUGACAUAACAUUGAAUAAAUAUUUAUUGUUACAAGGAAAACGAUCCGGCGAUAGUUUGAAUGACGUCGAUCAUUUAUUAGUAACUAUCAGCGUCUUCAACCCAGCAGCAAUCAGUAUGUGAGUGGAGGUUCAUAUCUCUGGUCCAGAACAGCGUGAGGCGAGCAGCGUGUGCAGCAGCGAAUGUGAAGUGAGCAGCGUGUGCAGCAAACAGUGUGAGGAGAACAGCGAGUGCAGCAGCCAGUCUGACAUUUUUGGGUUAUCCUAGUGUGAAGAUGAGCAGCAGUGAGGUCCAGUGGCUACGUCCGGUCACCCUGACUGAGGAAUUAAUGGAAUUAGGUCACCGGAACCGGUUGUACCUAACCUGCUACACGUUACAUCUGGCUUCAUGCCAGCCUCUUCACCAUGACCUGGUGUACUCAGGUCUUACUCACCUGUUCAGGAAGGUUGAGGUGCUGAGGGUCUGUCUUGGUCAACGUGAUGGACAGCUGUGGCUCCGACAAAUGAAUGGUUGUAACCUCGACUUCAAGAUUGUGGAACAAAGAAAGACGGAGGAAGUGGAGGAGGAGCUGACUCACUACAUCUACAACACAUCUGAGGGACCCAUGUGGUGUGUGAGGCUCCUCGCCCUGCCACCUACACCAUCCUCCACCGAUCUGGAUUCGAUUUUCUCUCAUAAUUACGCUCUCAUGCUUGGUAUCCACCAUUCGUUAGCUGACGGGUUCACUAAUAUCAAUAUCUGCAACCUGGUGCAUACCAUUCUAGACGAUAUGGUUGCCGGUCGCCCCGUGAACGACGAACAACAGGUGGGGAAGCUUGUUGGUGACGAGCAAACUCAGAAACUUUACGAAGAGCAAAGGCAAAAGUUGUUGGGAGAUCCGGAACUCAAGGAAAGAGUCAGAAAGGAGUUUCAGGAUGGUGCCGAUACUCGUCCUCUUUUCCUGGAUGCCUUUCCUGUUUCAGGACGAACCGAUGUGAAAACCUGCUUUGUUAAUAUUCAAUUCGACAAGAAUCUAACGUAUUCUUUUCGUCGAAAGUGCAAAGAAGAGGGAGUUACGCUUCACUCUGGACUCGUAGGUGUCAUCAACGCCACCCUCAUUAAUCUACUUAAUGAUCAUUGCGAGGUGCCACAUGAAAUUAAUUUUCGGGCCGGGCAUGACAUCAACUUAAGACGGUAUUAUGAAGGUGACACCACAGGUAUUCAUGGCAAUCAUAUCCCUACAUUUGGCUUCAAGACCUCUUUCAAAACCUCUGAAACUCUAAUGUCCAAUUUUUGGCCUACAGUAAAGGAGUUUCACAAGAAAUUACAUUCUCAUUUAAUUGAGCGCCGCCCCCUGCAAGUUGUGGCUCUUAAGUUGAUGGAAAAAUCAAAAUCUGAAAUUUUAGAUGGAUAUUUUACAAGCCAUGGGACGCCUGACAGCUAUUACACUAUAUCAAAUAUGGGUGACGUGACGCCAUUGUUCACUGGUGAGAGUGACUGUGUGAAGGUUGUGAAGCUCACUCGACUCUCAUCUAUACGAUGCAUGAACAAUUUCAUAUGUUUUUAUGCCCACAGCCUCAAUGGACGCCUGGACUUAACUAUGGGGUUUUCAAACCGUUUCUUGGACCAUAAGUUUGCCAAGGAGUUCAUGGACAUGAUGAGCGUUAACAUGACAACUUUGAGUUCAUCAUGAUUUUGAUCCAUCAGUGAGAUGGAUGAACCACUCCGUAAUUAUGAGAGUGACUUUCUGUUUUAUAUGGUCUAGUAAGUACUUUCAGAUGAACAUUAAACAUAGUGAAUUAAUAGGAAUAAAAUUCUAUUGCUAGUAUUCUCAUCUAGUUAUCUUUCACAGCUAGGCUACUGGGGCUUGUAUAUUGUUCAGUUAAAUAAAUAAUAUAAAUAUU